CACGCAGGCUGAGCGCCAGGGAGACAGAAGCGCAGCGACUCACCACCGGCUGCCGGCCACCGGCGCGACUCCGCGGCGCUCCUCAUGGGACCCCGGCGCCUGGCGUUGUUGCUGCCUCUGCUGCUCCUGCUUCCGACGGAUUCUAAAGGUGCUUUGGGAAAAACCCAUUCUAGGAAUCGAAGAGGAAUCCUUGAAUUAGCUGGAGCCAUUAAAUGCAGCACAGGACGCUCUCCUUUUGCUUAUCUACGUUAUGGAUGCUAUUGUGGUCUGGGAGGGCAAGGCUGGCCUAAGGAUAAAGUAGACUGGUGCUGCUUUAAGCAUGACUGUUGCUACAGUAAGGCAGAGCAAGCAGGCUGUAAGCCCAAGAUACAGAGCUAUAACUGGGAAUGUGAAGACAAUGCUGCUGUGUGUGAUUCACUAGAAGACAAAUGCCAAAAAAUAAUGUGUGAAUGUGACCGCAAAGCUGCCAAGUGUUUGGCUAAAGCCCCUUAUUACCCAAGGUACAUUUUCUGGCCAGAUUUUGUAUGUGGUAACAAUCACCCAAAAUGUAAGUUUUGGUGAGACAGGAGGACACUACUCUAAUAUUUAUAAAAAUCUGUACGUGCUUUUGAAUUUAAAAAAUAAAAUUUCUAUCAA